CAUACUUUUCCACUUAAGCACCAUUCCCACCUAAGCAUCUCUGCAUUAUUCUCUUCCCUUCGUAAUGGGUCGGCUUAAUCUCCUACUUGUGUGCUCACUUACAUUAACACUCUCCCUUUACCUACACCCAACCCAUGCCCAGCUUAGUCCAAACCACUAUGCUAACACAUGCCCCAAUGUUGAAACCAUAGUUAGAGAUGUCGUUAGGAAGAAGUUCCAACAAACCUUUGUCACUGUUCCAGCCACCCUUCGUCUCUUCUUUCACGAUUGCUUUGUCCAGGGUUGUGAUGCUUCCGUUAUGGUGGCGUCCACUGGAAAUAACCAAGCAGAGAAGGAUCACCCAGACAAUCUAUCCUUGGCGGGUGAUGGGUUUGACACAGUGAUCAAAGCAAAAGCUGCAUUAGAUGCUGUUCCUCAGUGCAAGAACAAAGUCUCGUGUGCUGAUAUUCUUGCCUUGGCUACCCGUGAUGUUAUUGCACUGGCUGGUGGACCUUCAUACAGGGUUGAAUUGGGAAGAUUUGAUGGGCUAGUUUCAAGAGCUUCGGAUGUGAAUGGGAGGCUUCCUCAGCCAACCUUUAAUUUGAAUCAGCUGAAUUCACUGUUUGCGGCAAACGGGCUUACCCAAACUGACAUGAUUGCUCUAUCAGGUGCACACACCCUAGGAUUCUCCCACUGCAACAGGUUCUCCAAUAGAAUAUACAGCAGCCCAGUGGACCCAACACUGAACAAGGGCUACGCGGCCCAAUUGCAACAAAUGUGCCCACGGAACGUGGAUCCAAGGAUUGCCAUCAACAUGGACCCAACCACUCCUCGAACGUUCGACAACGUUUAUUACCAAAACCUUCAACAAGGGAAGGGCCUCUUCACCUCGGACCAAAUCCUCUUCACGGACCCAAGGUCCAGGAGCACCGUUAACUCCUUUGCUUCUAGUAGCGGCGUUUUCAACGCUAACUUCGUUUCUGCUAUUACCAAAUUGGGCCGCGUUGGAGUCAAGACUGCAAGAAACGGCAAAAUUCGUACCGAUUGCUCCGUGCUUUAAACACAAACAAAGUAGCAAUUUUAAUGCCACGAAUUUACAAGGGGUAGUUAGAUUAAUUGUUGAUAAAUUUGUCUAUCAAUAAUUUGGGAGAUAAGGGAGGAGAAGGUUGAGGUUGAGUUUUCAUUUGUGUAACGUUCCAAAUAAUUCAAAGUUCUCCAAAUUUAAGGACUUUGAAUUGUUCAUAAGAAUAAUCGUGUUACCCAGAGAGGAAAAAAACAGUCAAUAAAUGGAUUUUGCAUUACUUUAAUCUCUA